CCAUGGCUCUGCAGGUCUUGGGAAUCACUCUUUCAAUGAUUGGCUUUGCAGGAACCAUUAUCAUCUGUGCUCUGCCCAUGUGGAAGGUAACCGCCUUUAUCGGCACAAACAUUGUGGUGGCACAGGUCUUCUGGGAAGGACUGUGGAUGACGUGUGUGUACGAGCGCAUUGGGCAGAUGCAGUGUAAACUGUAUGAUGCCCUGCUGGAUUUGGAUCCUUCUCUACAGGCAGCACGUGGGCUAGUGGUGACCACAAUGGCUUUGGCCUGCUUGGCUUUCCUCAUUUUUCUGGUUGGGGCUGAUUGUACCAACUGCCUAAGUAACCCACGCGCCAAAGCACGGAUUGUUGUGGUAUCUGGGAUUACCUUUAUGCUUUCUGGACUGACUACUGUGGUGCCCGUGUCCUGGACAGCCGACUCCAUUAUAAGAGACUUCCAUAAUCCCAUAGUGCAUGAAGCAUUAAAGCGAGAGAUGGGGGCAGCCCUCUAUGUGGGCUGGGUGACAGCGGGGUUUCUGAUCAUUGGUGGAGCUGUUCUCUGCACCAGUUGCCCACCAGAGCAGGACAACUAUUCACCUAGAUACACCUUAACAAAAUCUGACACCCACAGCGGCUAUGCCAUAAAGAACUAUGUCUGAUAUACAGCAAAUGCCACUGAGUAAAGCGGACACACUGGUCAAAUGUAAAAGCGAUACGUCAUAUAGUACAAGUGUUAAAAGAAAAACUUCAUCAGAUCCUAAAGAAUUUACUUGGCUUUUGAAUUUUCUAUGCUGAUUAAGAAAAGUUGGAUUUUUAAGUGAUUAAAUAUAUCUCUCUUUCUCUCUCUC